AUGGCGUGCAAUCACUCCCUAAUAACGCAACCAGGCGGAGCCAAAGCUCCACCGGGGGUGAUGGGCAACAUAAGCACGCUAGCGUUCCAGCCCACGCCAGCUCGGUCGCGCCAGUUAGCGCCACUAGAUGGCGUCAUUUCGCCACUGACCGAGCGCAUCCAGUACUGGCGGAUGCACGUGAAGUCAGACUGGAUAAUAAAGAUUAUAGCGAAAGGCUACCGCCUACAGUUCGCUACACCCCCACCCCCGUUCAAUGGGAUUGUACAAUCCCACGCUACAGGGGAAUCUGCCCGUGUUCUACAGGGGGAAAUCAUUUCCCUGUUAAACAAACAAGCGAUCAGGGUAGUCCCCUUCGAGCAAAGCCGUCACGGUUUUUACUCGAGGUAUUUUCUGGUCCCAAAGAAAGGGGGGGGGGGCUUGCGCCCGAUAUUGGACCUGCGUGCACUGAACAGAUACUUAAGAAAGUACAGGUUCAGGAUGCUAACCAACGACGCAUUAAUGUGCUUCGUGCGCCCGGGCGAUUGGUUCACCUCAGUGGAUCUGACCGAUGCGUUCCUACACGUCACGUUGGCACACAGACUGAUCUUAUGGAGCAGCACACGGCUCCUGUCGUUGAAAGCCACACACGUCCCCGGUGUAUUGAAUUUGGGUGCAGAUUUAUUAUCCAGGGGCAACCCCCGCUACGGAGACUGGAAACUCCACAGCGAUGUGGUGGCUCAAAUCUGGUUGCGAACGGGUCGAGCGAAAGUGGACUUAUUCGCCUCAGAGGAGAAUGCGCAAUGUCCGAUGUUUUUCUUCCUGCGCGAUCAGAAAGCCCCGUUAGGGAUAGAUGCUUUGGCACACCAGUGGCCACACGUCCUGCUCUAUGCCUUCCCUCCGUUGGAACUGAUCACUCCAACGCUCGCCAGGGUGCGGGAACAGAGCCUCUCACUCAUUCUCGUAGCCCCGCGCUGGCCAGGGAAACCCUGGCUAGCAGAAAUAAUCCCGUUACUCCACUCCCCACCGUGGCCGCUGCCCCCCCGCAGGGACCUGCUGUCCCAAGCGAACGGGGAAAUAUUUCACCCUCAUCCAGAGCGCCUGGCCCUCUGGGUCUGGCCCGUGAAAGGCUGAAUCUGACAGCUGCAGGACUGCCCUGCAAUGUCAUAGCGACCAUUCAGAGCGCUAGGGCGUCAUCAACUAGGACGUUGUAUGAUAGCA